AUGGCCACCGACUACAGCAAGAAGACCAACGCCGAGUUGGUCGAGAUCCUUAAGACUCGCUCCCUCCCCCACACCGGAAAAAAGGCCGACAUGGUCUCGCGCCUCCAGCAAGACGAUGAGAGCAAGCCCUCGGCUUCUGCCGCUGCUCCUGUCGCAGCCAAGACUGAGGCCCCCGAGGACGUCAUUGACUGGGACGACGAGCCCGCAGAGACAACCAUCGCGCCAUCUACAGAAGCUGGUGCAGCUUCAAUUGCUGCCGGCGGCAAGGGCGCAGUUUCCAACCCCGUUGCUGUCCCAAACCAGGAGCUCGGCGAGAACCCCGCCGUGACCGAUGACUUAAAGGUUGAGGCGACUGGCGCCGUCGCUGAUGCAACUGCUCAACCUGAGGCUGCAACCGAACAGAAGCCUGCUGUUGACUACACACGAGGACUGCCCCAGACCGAUCUGGAGGCCGAGCUGGCGAAGCGCAAGGCUCGCGCGCAAAAGUUCGGUAUUGCUGAGGAUGAGGAUACUGCAUUGAAGGAGGCUACAAAGCAGCUGGAGCGCGCUAAGCGGUUUGGCACUGGUGCCGAAGCUGAUGCUGUCGCCGGGGCAGGUGUCAGCCGUCUUGACCAGGCACUGUCCGAUGAGCGGACCCGCAAGCGUCGCAAUGAUACCCGCACCGACCAGGCUGGUCGUGGAGGCAAGAGACGUGACACCGGUCGCAACCGUAACCGCCAACGAGGUGAUGGCAACCGCAACCGCGGUGAUGGUGGCAACAAGACCAACGCUGGUGUGAAGAAGCCCAAUGCCGGUGCGAACACGAACAACGCUCAGAAGUCUUGGAGUGAGAAGGACCAUGCGGCCAUGGAAGCUCGCAAGAAGCGCUUUGCAGCAGCAGCUUGA